AUGGAAGGCAGCCUUCAAUCCAGUUCAGAUCUCCUGUCCAAGGUCAAUGGCAACCCCGCUGGCUCGAAUAGCAAUUGGGUAGUGCAGAAGUUUGGGGGGACCAGUGUUGGGAAGUUUGCACUCAAUAUCAUUGAUCAGGUUGUGCUACCAAGUCUUGCAGAACACAGUGUGGCUGUGGUGUGCUCUGCUAGGAGCAGUUCUACAAAAGCCGAGGGUACUACAAAUCGUUUGUUACGAGCAGCGCGCGACGCAGAAAACUCUCAAUCACAACACUAUGCCUCCUUCGUCGAGGCAGUCCGGCUGGAACAUGUACAGGUCGCCGAGGAACAGCUAAAUUCUGCUGAACUGAAAGCCCAGGUGACUGCAGAUAUCACCGGCGAAUGCGAAAGAGUUCUCAAAUUCUUGGAAGCCGCUCAGACGCUUGGAGAAAUCAGUGCCCGGUGUGUGGACAAGGUGAUUAGCACAGGAGAGAAACUAAGCUGUCGGCUCAUGACUGCCUUCAUUCAAGAUCGAGGAGUAGACUCACAAUACGUGGAUCUCUCUGAUAUCAUCACCUUUCCAAUCGGGAGUCAAGGCCUUGACCAGGAAUUCUACAACAAUCUCGCCAAUUCACUCGGCGCAAAGAUCCGAGAAUGUGAAGGAAAAGUGCCAGUUAUUACUGGGUUCUUCGGGACCGUUCCUGGAGGACUUUUAGAUCAAAUCGGACGUGGCUACACGGAUCUUUGUGCUGCCCUUGUUGCGGUUGGGGUGAAUGCCAAGGAGUUGCAAGUCUGGAAGGAGGUUGAUGGGAUAUUUACUGCAGACCCGCGCAAAGUGCCUACCGCUCGCCUCUUACCGGUAAUUACGCCUGCCGAGGCAGCUGAACUGACUUUCUACGGCUCUGAAGUUAUCCAUCCCUUUACUAUGGAGCAAGUUAUUCGUGCCAAGAUCCCAAUUCGCAUAAAGAACGUUAUGAAUCCAAAGGGAAAUGGCACCAUAAUCUUUCCUGACUCAACCGCUGAACUUGAAAGGACGACCCCAGGACAUGACCCUCGAUUGUUCCGUACGCGAAGCCCUAGUCUUAUGCAGAGGCCGAAACGACCAACAGCCGUGACAAUCAAGCAUAAAAUACUCGUGAUCAACGUACAUUCCAACAAGCGCUCAUUGUCGCAUGGGUUUUUUGCUGGCAUAUUCUCGGUGCUUGACCGCUGGCGGCUCUCGAUAGAUUUGAUUUCGACAAGUGAAGUCCACGUAUCUAUGGCUCUGCACUCUGAGAUGCCCCUUUUAAAUGGGGUCGGAAGGGAUGAGUACCAGAUCAUUGAUGAUGACCUCAAAGGGGCCUUGAAUGACCUUCAGAAGUAUGGAACAGUUGACAUAAUCCCGGAGAUGGCAAUCCUCAGUCUUGUCGGAAAGCAAAUGAAGAACAUGAUUGGGGUCGCUGGGCGAAUGUUCUCAACACUUGGUGAAAAUAAUGUUAACAUCGAGAUGAUCUCGCAAGGUGCAAGCGAAAUCAACAUUUCCUGUGUUAUUGAAGAAAGAGAUGCAGACCGUGCCCUAAAUAUAAUCCACACUAGUAUGUUUACAUUUCUGGAUUGA